UAAUGUAUUUCAUUUAGUUUUAAUGCUGUAAAUAUGGAAAGUGCUAUUGUCAUGGAACAGGAAGAGGAGCAGGAAGUGCAAGUCAGCAUAACAUUUGGCGAAUUGCAAUUCUUCGACUGCGAUGACAUUUCUACAUGCGUCCCAAUACAAUCCGCACUGAAGAUCUGCAGAAGCAGUUUGGAGGAUCUAAGUGCUAAGACCGUUGAUGUAUUGAGUCUGUGGCUGCGGAAACUGCUUAGAGCCUACAUAAGUGAGGCCGAUUGCUACAUUGAUAUUUUCAAGUGCCUGUAUGAAUGGUUUCAACGACUGAAGAGCGAUGUGACUGCGGAGAGUGAUGGAGCCUGCAGCGAUUUCAUUACGCUCAUUGCGGAUGCCCUGAGCUUUGCCGAGUGGGCUAAGCAGAAACUGCUGACGGCUGGCGAACGUUUGGUGCACACAGCAUCAUUUUUCCUACUGGGCAUUGUCUACAGCUGCCUGCAGCUGAGCAACGAACAAAAUGUGGAGGCGCUUAAGCAGCAUGAACCGUUGGCCAUCGAGCUGCAUUUGAUUGUGUUAUACCUGCUGAAAGAGAUAACCUCCACGUCCAACAAAAUACAUCCUCGCAUUACGCCACUGCUGCGACAGCUGGUGGAUAUUGCUGAUUUUCUUAGUGUUAAUAUGACACACCUUCAUGCCUUUGUGAAGACCGGCAAAACCAUGACAAACAUUUGCACCCAUUACGCCAAAUGUAUCGAUCUGAGCCAAGAUGAUGGCACAACCAUGCCCGACUGGCUGGAGGAAACAGUUAUGCAUCUUUGCGACACAGUUCUCACACACCUAGAAACUGUUUGUAAAGAGGACACACCGUCAGUUCCGGUGGACAAAAUUGAAGAGUAUUUGAAAGUUACGCAGGUCUACUUAAUAAUGUUGCACAAACUAUUGGGCUGUGGUGUAAAGCAUAUGGAUACAGAUGUUUUGGACGACAUAGUGCAAGUAUUGAGUCUGGGUGAAAUCAAACGAAAGCAUGACUUAGGCCAAGACUUACAUCAGCUUAUAGCCAAAUAUGUGCGUCCAAUUACACUGCAAAUUUUCGAGUUGUUAUAUCAGCUGGAAGAUUUUCAAAAGUAUCUGAUUGGUUGGCUAUCGAAGCGCGAACAGGUUGAUGUGGAUUGCUUUGAGCUUUGUUUGGACUAUAUAACUGCGACCAUCACUGAUCGGGCAGAAAUUAGUCAGCCUACUUGCAAAACAUUGCAGAAAAUAUUUGAGUAUUUGUUCAAAGAUGCUUGUCAUUUUACCAAUGCCGCACGUUACAAUCGGAUUCUGGAUGCGUUUGGCACUCUCUUGCAUGUGACUUGCUCCGCAUCAUUGAUCAAUUACUUUUGUACUGGACUAUUUGAAGAGGAUAUCAUAAAGUCUCAAGUCUGCUCCGAUGUACUCACGCUUUGCUUUCGUCUGGAAGAGGCGAAUCACAGCUGGAGUAAACCUGACGUCGUAAAGGCAACGUCCUACUGGAUCAAGUGCAAUAAUUCAUAUGCUAUGUUCUCACAGAACUUGAGCCAGUUGCACAUACAGCGCAUGCUCAAAUAUUUCCACAGAUUAGGCAACAAUGAGAUGCCUAUCUUUAGCAUGAGAAGCUAUCGUUAUUUGCACUGUGUGUCGCCCAGAACGGAGCAACAGAAGCGGAUCUUGUUGCUACGCUUGCAGCGUUUAAUAAAGGAGCCCUUGAGCGACAUUCAGCAGUAUUACGAAUUUUUGGCGCUCAUGGAGCUGCUGCCGUCGGCUGAAAUUGAGGGAUUGCCUCACCUAUGGUCGAAAGUGAAGGAAAUGAUGGUUGGCGACAAGUGCAAGCAUUUGGCCAACACUUACUUCAAAUUGGCUCUGCAAUUUAGCCCAGCAACCAAGCUACGCAUAUUGCAGACAGCAGAACCAUUCCUGUCAAAGCCUGAAGCCAACAGCUGUUGGUACAUGCAAAAGUUUUUGCAUGCCUGCAAACGCAACGCUGAUCCGCAGCUGAAGUCUCUGGCUGAGCAGCAUGCAAUUGACAAAGAUUUACUAUCACUUUUGGACGCGCUGCAGCCAGUGUCAGUUUCUAAACCAAGCCCGAACAAACUUCAUAAUGUGAACUACAAAUUAAGCUGUAGAAGGCAACAUAUGCAUCAGUGUAAUUUGACCAGCCUAAAGCGCAAACGUUCACAUAUCGAGAAAAAGGAAUUGAUGCAACAGCUUGAACAGAAUUCACAGCAGUUGUUGCAGUGCUCCACGGAAUUGGACGCAUCUGAGAUUGUGCAGCUGAGGUGCAUUUUUGAGAGGUUAAAAAACAUAUUGUCACAGCAUGAAAUUCCUAAUAAAUAAAUUAAAACCAUCUGGAAUUCUACCAAGCUU